AUGCGGUUACUACACUCUGAUUUAUCUGAUUCUCGUUCGCCCACUUUACUUCUUCCUUCUUUGGCGCUGCUGGAGAUGCCCCACAAGGCCUUCUUUCUCAAGAUUUCACGCGGUGAACAAAAGGAAGCAACGCCGCUACAAGCAAUAGAAAGCAACAAGUCCCCAGGAGCUGGUUCCUUGAAAACUCUUCCCUUGACUUCUAUACGAACUGGUCAAGAUUUCACUUCUUUUUCUUCGCCUCUAUCAAUUCCUUCGUCGAGAAAGAAAGCAAUAAACGCUCGGGUGGAGGAGGAAUUUUGUACCAAAAGCAAGCCGGUUCAGCCCCCCCUACUAAGCAUACGUUUAUUACCAGAUCCGAUAACAGCGAUUCUCCGUCUCUGA